ACCACGUCAACGUGCGCAGCAUGUGGUGCUGUGAUUGGUGAGGGCUUGGUUUAGCAGUCUAGCAACCACAUACCUACGAUGGCCGCACACAUGCGCUUGGCUCGUCUGCAAUACUUUGGCCGAAUCUCCCUUUCGAAAGCGACAACAGGAUGCUGGGGUGCCCUGUAUGGUCAACGUUUGUGUGCCAGCACUUCAGCGCCAGUGCGGCGGCGACCCAUCGAGAAGAUUCUCGUUGCCAACCGGGGUGAGAUCGCCUGCCGUGUGUUUCGGUCUGCUCGAAAACUAGGCAUCCGCUCGGUGGCCGUCUUCAGCGAUGCUGACAGGAAGGCCAUGCAUGUCACUAUGGCUGAUGAAGCAUACCACAUUGGACCAGCUGCAUCUCAGGAGAGCUACUUGCGCCAAGAUCGCAUCUUGGAGGUUGCCAAGCGCAGUGGCGCGCAGGCAAUCCACCCUGGAUAUGGCUUUCUGUCGGAGAAUACAGAAUUUGCCGAGCGCUGUGCUGCUGAGGGCAUUAUCUUUGUCGGACCCCCAGCUUCAGCCAUUCGGGACAUGGGCAUCAAGAGUACAUCUAAGGCCAUCAUGUCGGCAGCCAAUGUGCCCAUCAUCGAGGGCUACCAUGGGGAGGAACAGUCAGAGGCAAGACUCAAGGAGGAAGCACGUCGCAUUGGGUUCCCCGUCAUGGCCAAGGCAGUGCGAGGUGGGGGUGGCAAGGGUAUGCGUAUUGUGAUGAACGAAGAUGAGUUUGACUCGCAACUUGAGUCGGCAAAACGUGAGGCCAUGAAGUCCUUCGGUGACGAUGCCAUGCUGAUAGAGAAAUUCGUGGCUGACCCAAGGCAUGUGGAGGUGCAAGUGUUCGGAGACCAGCAUGGCAACUAUGUGUACCUUUUUGAACGAGACUGCAGUGUUCAGCGGAGGCACCAGAAGGUCAUCGAGGAAGCCCCCGCUCCCGGAGUGACCGAGGAGACCCGUCGACAGCUGGGUGAAGCUGCUGUGCGAGCAGCACGGGCUGUCAAUUAUGUGGGUGCCGGAACAGUCGAAUUCAUCAUGGACUCUGAGCAGCGCUUCUACUUUAUGGAGAUGAACACGCGGCUUCAGGUGGAGCACCCCAUCACCGAGAUGAUCACGGGCACCGACCUCGUCGAGUGGCAGAUCAAGGUGGCCCAGGGGGAGCCACUACCUCUGCGGCAGGAGCAGCUUCGGGUCAAUGGCCACUCCUUUGAGGCACGUAUCUAUGCCGAGGACCCAGACAAUAACUUCAUGCCAGGUGCUGGUUCUCUUGUGUUCCUUCGCACACCAACUCCCUCGGAGCAAGUGCGGAUCGACACAGGUGUACGUGAAGGGGAUGAAGUGUCCGUCCAUUAUGACCCAAUGAUUGCCAAGCUGGCAGUCUGGGGUCCCGACCGGCCUACAGCCCUGCGUCGCCUCUACCAGUCACUGUCCGAAUACACCUUGGUUGGCCUGGCCAACAACAUUUCAUUCUUGAUGCGGCUAGCAGCACAUCCUGCCUUCCGCCAAGGCCUUGUCCACACCGGCUUCAUCUCUGCCCACAACGACGAGCUAUUCCUGCGUCCCGAGGUAAGCAAGCCUGUCAUCUGUGCAGCCGUGCUGUCCCUCCUGGCCCACGAGAGGGCCGAGACACUGGGUGCUCAAACACGUGAAAGCUUUCCAUCGCUGAAUUUCACAGCCCCUUUUCGCGUGAACAGCAACUGCAAGCGGAAAGUUCUGCUAACAAGCCGAGACAAGAAGCACGAAGUUCUGGUGACAUUCCUCGAGCCCGACACAUACCUGAUGCGCUGUGGAGACGAAGCCUUUCAGGUGUUGGGGCGCGCUGCAAUAGAGCGUGGCGUGGCUCACGUGGAAUGCGAGGUCCAAGGCACUGACAUCAAGAUUCGCACAGUACUCUAUGACGGUACACUUCAUGUCUUCACUGCAGAUGGCGUAGAACAGAUGUCGGUGCCAACGCCAGCGUACCUGGAGAAUGCUGCAGGUGCUGGUGGUACAGGCAAAAAGGGUGCUGUGGCCCCAAUGCCAGGCGUGGUUGAGAAGCUCUUCGUUAAGGAGGGAGACUCCGUGUCUGAGGGUGACCCACUCGUUGUCAUGAUUGCCAUGAAAAUGGAGUACGUCAUCAAGGCAGCCACUGCAGGUGUUGGAAAGUUGCUCUACAAGGCAGGGGACAACGUGGCCAAGAAUGCCGAACUAGUGAAGAUUAGGGCCGCCGAGAGCUGAGGAAGGCUUCACACAAUAGGACUCAGCUGCCCUUGUGUAAUUUUAGACACGCAUUUAUCUUGAAAUUAGCGUCUCGCAAAUGACACUAAACGGAAGUGUUCAACUUGUGCCUUCAAAGAAUUCAUGUUGUAUGCAGCAAACAUAACUGUCAUGUAUAAGCUUAAUUGUUCUCCUUUCCUUAUUGUUUUACUUGAGUACAGUGCUUUCACUUGCGAGAUGAUUAUUCUGCUGUGUCUGUUUGGCAUGUCACCUAAAUUACGACACAGCUCAGCAUUCAUGCCCCAUAUUCCUAAAUUUAGUUUUGAAGGUGCAGGUAUGUUUUCCUCAUUACUUUUUAUGAUUGUCACUAUCUAUUGUCAUGGUAAAUUUAUGAACUCCUGUGCUUUGUAUGGAAGCGGGCAAGAAAAGUACACGAAGGCAAUAUGAGAUUAAUCUCGCAGACGUAGUAUCAAAGCUGUGGAAGCAAACGAAGUCUCAUCUUAAAAAAUGUUGUGAAGUAGUGUACUAUAUGAAUACAUGUAACACAUGUAUAUAUAUAGAGAGAACUGUAUUGUCUGGUCAUUAAAAGGAGUGAAUGUA